AUGGGGCACCUAAAAAAUAUUCAUAAGGCAGCUUUCCGAGAGCUUACCGAUGAUGGCUCAACAAAAAUUACGGAUUCUUUACCCUCAACAAGUUUUAAAUCUAUAAAGGAACCCACUAAAGAAGCAGAUAGAAGUGACGCCUUGAAAGAACCUGAAAAUAAAACUGUUGGUCCACCAAAACGCCAAAAAACUAUUCAAGCUAGUUUUGAAGGGAUUUAUGCUUUCUCGGCCAAUGGUGACAAAACUAUUAAAAUUAAUAAUGCCUUAGUAUAUAUGGUGUGUAAGGAUAAUCAGCCAUUUACUAUUGUAGAGAACGAAGGCUUUCGCAAUUUCCUUAAAGUGAUUGAGCCGCGUUAUAAACUUCCCAAUAAAACAACCCUCACUCGUUGGGUUGAUGACAAAUACGCCGCCCUAUCAGGAAUCAUCCGUGAAAAGUUGUCGGGCAUUGAAAAUCUGACUUUGACAACUGACAUGUGGUCAGAAUCGAUGUCCAUGAGGAGCUUUCUUGGAGUCACAGCUCAUUUCGGUGUUGGCAGUGAGUUGUUUUCUAUCACUCUGGGAGUAAGCCAAUCAAAUGAACGCCAUACAUCACAACACAUUGCUGAAAUGCUGCUGAACACUUGCGACGAAUGGAGUAUUGACAAAGACCAAAUUUCGGCUGUGGUGACGAACAAUGCACCAAAUAUGGUGAAAGCUGUAGAGCUAGCCUUUGGUAAAAAGCACAUACCUUGUUUUGCUCAUAUUUUAAACUUGGUUGCACAAAAUUCAAUAGAACAAUGCAAACCACUACGCGAGUUAAUAAGCAAAGUCAAAGAUGUUGUGACGUGGUUUAAACAGAGCAACAUAGCAAGCAACGAACUCCGUAAAUCAACCUCAGACGAAACUAAAUUAAUUCAACAGGUGCCUACUAGAUGGAAUAGCACAUAUUAUAUGAUUGAGCGAUUCAUCGAACUUCGUGAGAUUGUUAACAAUAUAAUCAUCAGACACAAAAAUGCACCAGCUAUGCUGCAUGCGUCAGAACUUGCACAUCUAAGUUCAGUUCUACAGGUACUACGUCCAAUAGAAGCUGCUACGAAGGAGGUCUCAGGUGAUAAGUAUUGCACUAGCAGCAAAGUAAUACCACUUAUUCAUUGCCUCGUUUUAAAAAUUAAGCCUCUGAGCUUCGACGACUCGAUUGCCAAAGAGCUACAGUCUCUGGUUCUUAAGGAGAUUCAGAAGAGAAUGGGUGUCAUCGAAAACGUAACUCCCCUCGCUAUAGCCACGGUAUUGGACCCCAGAUUCAAGAAAAUGCAUUUUACGGAUCCGCUUGCAUGCUCUGCUGCUGUAGGAAAAAUAAAAGAUCUCAUGAAAGCCGCAGCCCACAACACGACCAAAGAUUCGGAGUCAUCGGAACUUUCUGAUAAAAAUGAGGAUAACUAUUCAUUGUGGGAGGACCACCACAAGCUAGUCCAUAAAAGUUGGAAAUUGUCAAAGGCCGAUGACACUAUUUCUGAUGAGCUGGCCAUAUAUCUACGUUGCCCAGUGGGUAGACUCACUGAAAACCCAUUGGAAAUUUGGAAGGACUUGGAGAUACAGCUCCACAAUUGA